AUCUAAAGUACCUAAUCAUAACUGUAUUCAGCAUCCAACUAAACAGAUCUUGCACUCUGUACCAAACGGCUGGCGUCAACCGGCUGUUACGUAACAAUUAAAACCUUCCUAGUUAAAAUCAUAACCAUACUGUUUACGUAAUUCCGUGAAUAAAUUGACCUUGGCCAUGGCUGGAAAUGCGUUGCUGGGCCGUAGUGCUACACUGUUGUCGCGGACUGUGUUAUCAUCAAUAAAAAGUCACAUUUUACCCAGAGAAACAGUCAAUAGUGCUUCGGCAGCAACCGGCAUCAGACAUUUGUCAGUAACUCCCGCCACAAACAUGAAACUCGUUCAGUUCUCGCAGAAUUCCAACCCCAAAGUAAGGGUGGGGUUUUUGGAAGGAGAUAAUGUUGUGGAUAUAAAUAAAUUGGACUGCUGUUUACCCUCUACCCUCUUGGGUAUUUUGCAGAGUGGUGAUAUUGAAAAAGUGAAAAAGUUAAAAUCUACAAAGGAAGCAUUAAUUCCGCUGUCAUCAGUUAACCUCGAGGCACCAAUUACUGGCAUGGAUAAAGUUCUUUGCAUAGGCCUGAACUACAAGGACCAUUGCAAGGAGCAGAACCUGACGCCUCCAGCGGUGCCGAUGAUCUUCGGAAAGUUUCCCAGCUGCGUCGUCGGACCUAAGGAUGCGGUGCGACUGCGGAAGUCUACAUCGAAAGUGGACUGGGAAGUUGAACUAACCGUAGUCAUCGGCAAGAAAGCGAGCGACGUAAAGGCGAAAGACGCUUUCGACUACAUUGCCGGUUACACCGUGGCUCAAGAUAUCAGUGCCAGAGAUUGGCAGAAAGAGAGGAAUGCUGGACAAUUCUUGCUUGGCAAGGCGAUGGAUACCUUCUGCCCUAUCGGGCCAUGCAUCACCACCAGCGACGAAAUCGGUGACCCGCAGAAACUGAAGAUCCAGUGCUCGGUCAACGGCGUGGUCAAACAGACCAGCAAUACUGACCAGCUGGUCCAUAAAAUACAGGACGUCAUUGAGAGACUCACCUCAGUGAUGACAUUAUUGCCAGGGGAUAUUAUCUUAACCGGGACCCCAGGAGGAGUAGGCAUGUACCGUUCCCCCCCUGAAUACCUCAAGCCCGGCGACGUCAUCAAGAGCGAGAUAGAGAAUAUCGGCGAACUCGUCACCAGAGUUGAGGCCUUCUAAGAUUCCAAUAAAAACGGGCUAGUUUGUAUGAAACAGUUGCACAGUGUUCCAUUUUCAUUGUAUGAGCAAUAUUGUACAUAAAAUAGUUAAUAAUGUAUAAAGGUUUUAUAAUAUUACAAUACAACUGUUCAAUAA